GGUCGCUCGGGCGGGCGAGCAGCUGACAGCAUCGUCACGGCGGCGCGAGGGAGCGCGCGCCCCGCCUGCCUCCGGGAGGAGCCCGCAUCCGCACAGCCUGCGCUGGCCUGUCCUAUGCGAGGCGAGCUUGGCAGAGGCGCGGAGCGGACUUCUUCCUCAGAUUCCGGAAAGCAAGAUUCCUGUAGCUCUCUCUUCAAUGCAGUAAGAGCCUCCCUGUCACUCAGUGUUGUCCAGUAGAAACAACGUGGGAGCCACACGCAUCAUUUAAAGUGUCCUAUAGUCACAUCAGAAAAAUAAAAGUAAACAGGUGCUUCCUGGUUGAUAGUUGGAGCCGUGAAGCAACAUGCCGGAACAGAGCAAUGAUUACCGGGUGGCCGUGUUCGGGGCAGGUGGCGUCGGCAAGAGCUCCUUGGUGUUGAGGUUUGUGAAGGGCACGUUUCGGGAGAGCUACAUCCCGACUGUGGAAGACACCUACCGGCAGGUCAUCAGCUGCGACAAGAGCAUCUGCACGCUGCAGAUCACUGACACCACGGGCAGCCACCAGUUCCCCGCCAUGCAGCGGCUGUCCAUCUCCAAAGGGCACGCCUUCAUCCUGGUCUACUCUAUCACCAGCCGGCAGUCCCUGGAGGAGCUCAAACCCAUCUACGAACAAAUCUGCGAGAUCAAAGGGGACGUGGAGAGCAUCCCUAUCAUGCUGGUGGGCAACAAGUGUGACGAGAGCCCGAGCCGCGAGGUGGAGAGCAGUGAGGCCGAGGCCCUGGCCCGCAAGUGGAAGUGCGCCUUCAUGGAGACCUCGGCCAAGCUCAACCAUAACGUGAAGGAGCUCUUCCAGGAGCUGCUCAACCUGGAGAAGCGCAGGACCGUGAGCCUACAGAUCGACGGGAAAAAGAGCAAGCAGCAGAAGAGGAAAGAAAAGCUCAAGGGCAAAUGUGUGAUCAUGUGAAGGCCCUUCCCGCGGGAGGAGCACUCGCCUGUCCCUGUCGCCUCACUUUCCCCCUCCCGCGUGACACCCACAGUCGUCAGGGUAGCAUGUAAGAUGCCCACGUGUUAAAUAUUGCAUUUUGACCAAGACGUGCCCUAUUGUCCUUAAGAGGGUAUUUCACACCACCAACAAUAAGCACCCCCUCUCCAGAAUCAGGGAACCUCCCAGACGGUUAAAAUGAAAACCAACAUGCUUGGCAUCGGCAUCACAGGGAGCCGAGAGAGGCGCCAGCAACUUCUGAAGGCCUCGUUUGCCAUCAGAAGGCAGUGGGGCUCGUACCCACAGCAGUAGCGUGUGCUGAGAGGAGUAACUGUUGUCUGCAUGCAUGUGAGAGCAUGUUCACCUGGAGCUGCAGGCCCCACCCCCAGACCAGGUGUUUCCCUGGGUCAGAGCCACUGACAUCCUUGGGGGAGGGGAGGGGUGGGAGGAGGUGAGAAGGCCAGGCCAAAGUUGGUCGACUCUAUGGUUCUUUAACUGAAUUAAGAAUAAAAGAGCACCGCCUCCCCCAGCGGAUGUCCACUGUCUAUUCCAAGCUGACGUGAGCCUUGCUACCCUGAGGGGUGCCCUCAUCUGCCAGACCUAGUUAGCAGGCGUCGUUUUAAGCUUUUAGAGUAUGUAUUUCCACGUACAGUGAUGAGUUCGCGAAGAGUGUGCUCCUGUCAGAAGUUCUUCAGUGUUUGACUGAGGAUAUUGUGACAUGACGAAAGCAUCGCAAUAACGCUCCCUGUGUCAUACGUCGAGAGUUUUAGAAAUGUGAAGUUUCCUCCCAUUGACCCAUGAGGGGGUAUAACUUCCUCCAGCCCUCAGAUUUUAAAGAAAAGCAAUUAAAGUAGCUGUUUUUAGACAAUUUCUUUUCCCCUCCAAGAUGGUUUUCUUCUUUUAAAUAACUCGAUCUGUAUCCAGUUGGGUAACAGCCAACUAAGGCCAUCUGAAGACCAGAAGCACAUCCAUUUUUCUAAGUGACAUGAACUUGUCUCUGCCAUACUUUGCACCUUAAUGAAAUACUUUGAGACAGAAGUGGUCCAUGGUGUUUUUGAUGACCUGACUCUGACAGAGCAUAUUCCUGGAAAUGUGAUCAGGCCAUAUUAGAUUAACUUGCAUGUUCCAUUAUAAAUGCAACAUUUUAUAUUGGACUCCAUUAUCAAUGUUCCAUUAUGAAUGUCUUUUAAGAGCUGUUCAGUGCAGUGUUCACUCUGGAAACAAUUAUCUUUUCCUCCUAAUGACCUUGCGUGCGUUCUUAAUCCUUGAAACCAAAUUACGGCCGCCGCUGGUUCCUGCAUGCUGGCAUGGAGACGGGACGGUGGCUGGAGACAGGCAUCGGCUUAAUUGCUCUGCCAUCGCUUCCCGAAAAGUCCCACUGACGGAGCCUGUGACUCUCCUGUUUGUUCCAGUCGGCGUGGCCCAUGCUGGCUCUGACUCCGGAAUCCGCCUUUCUGUGAUCCUUGCUGUCGCCUGCCUGGCAGGCGGAGGAUGCUGCAGUGCCGCCCCCCGGGCUGGCACAGGGGACCUUCCUGGCUGCUGGGCAGCGGUGCCAGCCUGGGCAGAGUUGUCAAGUUGGGGACGUUUGCACACCACACUCCCGUUUGGGUCUUCUCCUCUCUCCUGCACCUCCUGUGUCUUUGCUGCCCAGCUCCAUACUCUCAACAUAUCCUAGAUUAACCGUUUCUGGUGAAAUUUCCUUGCUUUUGUCUCAUCCUCUCAGCUCUAGUAGUAACUUGCCCUGGUGAUGUAUUUAGCGUGUGGGAGGCACCUUGGAGAACCAACAGCCCCACCGUCUCCCACCACCUUGGCCUCCUAGAACUAAACCUGAGAAGGAAGGGUGUGCAGGUGGCCUGGGCACAGCGAGAGGGAGCCCAGAACGCCUGGGCCAGACCUGAAGCCGUCUCGAGCCCUAAGGGACCCACCCUCCAGCAAGCUCCUUUGUUCCAAGUGGCUGUUCCACAGCCUUCACAACAAGAUCUAAUUGGCAAAUUUUCUAGAACAUUUGUCUUUCAACUUGUCUCUAUUUUUUUUCUAUUUCUAUUCGCAGAGAGAUUUUAUGAUUUGUAAUUUGGACGUGGGUUAAGUGAAAGAAGAAACAGGACUUCAUGGCCAAAGUGGGGUUUCGAGGUUUGGGGUGAGUUCUUUGCUAGUAGUAAGAUGUGACGCCUGCUGUGGGCUGUACUGUCCGUAGGGCUCCUAAGAGGAGUCUCUCUGCUGACCAGUCCUACUGGCACAAGUCAGGCUUCUUGCAGCCCGCUCAAGUCCUGUCUGUGAUUUUAAGUGUUUAGAACUUCGUCCACAUGAGAAGCUUGUAGCUAUUGAAGGUUGGAUCUCAUUCAGGACAGAUUCUGUUCCUUUGUUUCUUGCCGAGUUUGUCAGAAGGCUCUUGACACACCAAUCCUGGGUCUUUGUUCUGCUGUCAUUUUCUAUGAACUGUACUGAGGGUAUUGAUGAUUAUGUCAACAUCAGCUUGUAGGAGCUCCCCAGUCGUCUCAGGGCUUGAGGAGUUACCUCCCCCGAAUCCGUGUUUUGAGUAUCCAUGUGACCCCAUCCCUGAAUAUGUAGUUGUGGUUCUUGAGGACAUGUCCCACCUUGCAUAUGGGCGCAGUUCUGGACCCAGCCACAGUAAGUCACAAGACUCAAAAUAUUGCUUUGAUGAUGGCUCUCUGGGGAUGAGCAUGGGGCUCCAUGAGCUCCGUCUGUCCCGCCAGUCCCUCCUCCAUCUGGUGACAAGCCAUGGGCGUGCCCUGGGCAUGCAUGCAAUACAGUAAGACCAACACAAGAGCAAUAUUGAAUUGUUCAUUAGAUCUAAAAUUAUAUAUAUUAUAUAUAUCAUUUAUAUUCCUGCAUUUUUGAAGUAUAAAGUAGUACAUUGUACAUAUCUGUAAGCUAGUAUAUUUGUUUCACCAUUUGUAAUAUUUAAGAAAUGCUCAUUCUUUAUAGAACAAAAAAUGUAAUAAAUAUUAAAAAUAAUUGCUCUGUGAUACUUAAUUUUUUUCAAAAUUUGUAAUGCGUUGCUCCUACAUAAGCUGUCUGGAAAUAUCCGUAGCUAAUGGGACACGUGUAAACCCUUGAAGCCCCGUCCUGGAACCCAGCACCCCACAAAGACGUGUGCAUAGAGUAUUUACAGAGCAUGACUUUUAUACGUGUGGGAUAUCAAUGUGUAUAUUUAUAUUUAAGGUGUAUUUAUUGUUAUAACUCUAUUAUCAUAUUUUAUCUACUCGACAGUUAUAAAAGUCACCCUUGCAUACAAGUUUCUAGUUAGUGGUGAUGUUCUGAAUAUAACGAAACAUAUUCAAAUAAAGCUUCAGUUCUGAC